UGUUGGCUUUACAUGUGUCGUGUAUGGAGCCUUCCGUUCUUCUUCUCCCUAUUCUUUGAUUUACGUGAUUUGGCCGUAUCGACCUCCUAUUAUACUCGAAAGCGGGAGCUAUUAAUUAAAGAAGAAGAAGAAGAAGGAGACUUCAAGAAUUAGAAUUACUAACGAUGAGAGAGAUGCUCGAUACGAAAAUUAAAAAGCAUAAAGUCUCUAAAAAGACAAAAAGAUCAUGGAGGAAGUACAUUGAUACCAAUGAUGUAGAUACAUUUUUAGAUAACAAUAGAUUAGAGGAACGGUUGGGUAUUCGUUUUUCUGAACGUACAGAUACUCAAUUGUUCACCGUAGACAAAACUGCUCAUGUAACUGAAAAUGUAAUUUCUAAACGUGCUACCAGAUUAGCAUUGAAAAAUAAAGAACCAAGAUGUUUCGCUUCUUUGAAAUCACAUACAUGUGUUCCUGAUCCAAUUUCUAAAAGAAAUCGAGUAAGAACUAAAGAAGAACGCAUGAAUUCUAUAUUACGUCAACGUGAAGUUGAAAGGAAAUUAAAGGGUGUUCUUAAAUUAAAAGAAAAGGAAGCACUGAAGAAUAGAAUACUUGCAAAGGUUGCUUCAGCAAAUCGUCCUAAGAGGGGUGAUAGGGUUAAAGAAGAUAUAUGGAAUAGCACAAAUGUCUUGUUGUCAGAAACAGAUACUGAAUGGUUGUCUUCAAACAGCAUUAGGCAUACGCUUAAGCAUUUGGGAAUGAAAAAAAGAAAAUUGCCAUUAUUAUGUAAAAAACCAUCUGUUUUACCUGCAGUGGAGAUUCCACAUCCAGGUACAUCUUAUAAUCCAUCAUAUGAUGAUCAUCAGGAAUUGUUGCAUAAUAUUGUGCAGAAAGAAUUGGAGCUUAUAAAGCAAGAUGAACAUUUAAACAGGGUUACAACUCAAAUGUUUAAAAAGGUUUCAUUACAAAAAAAAGAAGAAAAUAUGAUGAAAGAAAUGUUAGAAGGUUUGCCAAAUAAUCAAACCGCAUCAAAUUUUGAAUCCAUUGAGGAUGAUAAUGAAGAAAAUUUAUCUAUCAUAAUAGCAAAUAAUAAAUCUAGAAAUAAUGUUAAAAAGACACGUGUUCAAAAAAGAAAACAACGAGAACAAAAACAAGCAAUUAAGGAACGUGCAUUGAUCAAACUUGAAAAAAGAAAAGUUGCUGAUAUCUAUAAGUUGAGGAAUCUGCAAAAACAAUUAGAGGCUAAGGAGAAAAAGCAAGAAUUCUUACGACAAAAGCGAAUGAAGAAACGCGAGAGAGAAUCUCUUAUGCCAAAAACCCUGAGUAAGAUAAAGUUUGAACCUAUUGAUCCAGAUUUUCAGCUUGCAGAAGAAUUGACUGGCAAUUUGAGAAAUUGUAAACCUUCUAACAGUUUAUUGAAAGAUCGGUAUAAAUCACUUCAACAGAGAAACAUUAUUCCACCAGCCAUCAUAAAAUUGACACGGGAUAAAGCAAAAAUGAAAAAAUUUGUGAAGCCGGAUCAUAAACUAUAAAUGGAUACUACAUAUUUUAUAAGAGAACUAUGUAAUUUGUAAUAAAGAGGGUUUAAAUACCUGCAUAAAUAGGAUAAUUAUAUAUCUUAUAUAUAUAAUCUCAAAGACAGAUUGAAAGCAUCGACGAGAUAAUACUGUUAACCUUCUUUGAACCAGGUGGGGUAUGACAUAUCCUAGCAAGAUUUUUAACUUUUUAAAAAGGUAUUGCGCGUAAGUUGCCGGUUUCGUGCAACUGGAGAAUGCGUCGUUACCAAUUACUAAUGCCGUAAUCUAUAAUAUAUAUGGUACGAGUUUAGGAUUCAGCGAGGGAUUCUCCGGUGGCAAAAUUACACUCGCAUAUUAUUUUUAUAAAAAUAAAUUCUUUAUUCAUUACUUACGUCUUUAUCUUUCUUCUUUACAAUAUCCACUUAACACUAUUCGCGUUGCGGAUGUACUCUUUUGUAUUUUUAACGAA